AUGGCUCAAGUGGAACGUUCUUGCAAUAGGAAACCUACUCCUCAACCAGACCGAUAUGUGAAGGUUGAGAAAGAUGCAGCUUGCGCGGUCUGCCGCCGACCAGGAUGCCGGCUUCAGUCCCACCAGACCUACCUGACUCACCGCCGUCGCGCAACAAAAGAGCUCGUCAACAGUCCUAUAGGAAAGCAGCAGAGUGCCAAAGACCGCGUCCCAGAAACGGCAUACGCUUCAUCCUAUGCUUUCACGCGAGAUGCAUCCCCAUCGACUACACCCAGUCCACAUGGCAUAGGCUCAGGACGACUCAAUGGAUUUUCGGACCUUCCUGUACCCGGUGGACAUCGAACAGACCUCCACCAUGCGGUCUACAGUGUUCUGAACUUCAAGAUUGGCGCAGCCACGGCAUUUCCCUUGCCCUCCGGAUUGGCGGUCAAUGAUAUAGGAGGUGCAAUGAUCAUACCAGUCAUGACAGACACUUCAUUAUGUCUAAGCGUGAUAGCUGCAUGGCAGGCGGUUCAAUGCCUUGCUGGCCAGCUGUCUUCUGAUACGCCUUACUUGUCAUACGAAGCGAAAGCCCUACAGUCUCUGCGCAAUCAGCUAGUCAAGCAAGGCAAUGCUGGAAUAUCUGACGAAGCGAUCAUGGCCGCGGCGCUGUUAUGGGCGACUUCCACCCUUUUUGCUCAACCAGAACCUCUGCAGCGGCACGCGAAUGGAGUCAAGGCAAUGGUCACGGUCCGGGGAGGCUUAGACACCCUGGGCCACGCCGGGGCAAUCAAACAGUUAAUACUCUGGGCUGAUUUCCUUACCGCCCAAUUUCUUGCAGAUGACGUGCGCUUUCGGGACAUUGGUGCAAUUGAUGUACUUCCUCCGGCACUAUCCCGACUCCACAAAUCAAUAUCAAUCCCCAAACCAUUCAACCAGCUCCGCCCCGAAACCGUGAAAGCUGCAGCCGAUCUUCGCCUGCUCCUGGUUUCCCACGAUCGUGCUCUGAAAACGGGACGCAUAUCGAUUCCUGAAUACAAGGCAUUGAUGAGUCUUCUCAACCAGAGUACUGUCGAUCGACUUGGCCUCGCAAAAGAAUACCAAGGGCAGUACCCCAUUGACGAAUGCGUCAUUACAGCCAUGAACCUGCUGCGACUGACGGUUUUGUUCCAUGCAGCACCUCUUUACUCCAUCGUGGUCUCAGUCAUCGAACGACUCCGUGACUUAGUUUCUGAUGGCGGUCCGAGGCUCUGGACCAAUUUUCUAGACACCUUCAUCUGGGUCUGUUUUGUGGGCCUGGUGAACCAAUUUGAAACGCACAAUCGCUUCCAUUUCACCGACAUGAUCAGCAAGGCAUUGACCGUGAAGUACAAGUCUGAUUGGCCGGAUGACUGGCAGGCGGAAGUCCUCUUGAUGCUUCGAUCCUUCCUAUGGUCUGAAGCCGUUCUUACCGACCUAUAUUUUGACAUGUGCCAGAUGAUCGAGUCGCAUAUCAUCUCACCAGGCAGUACCAUCUGA